CGAUAAAACCUGUCGCAUCCAAAAGAACCGUGCAUAGCACAGUUUGUGUGCGAGGUGGGCGCCGGGUUCCUAUCCACAUAUACACCGCAUAUGCGCUUGUAGGCAUCAACUUGGAUUCAGAACAACCAAGCUUUAAGCUGCAUGCACAACCUCAGCAUCACAUCUGAGAGAGCUCGCCUCGGCGCCGCGACACCGUCCGCGGCCGCAGCCGGCGGCGGGCCAUGGCCGACAAGGACAACGUGCGCGUGGCGGUGCGCGUGCGGCCGCUGAACGAGACGGAGGUGACAAACGGCUGCCGGAGCGCGGUGGAGGUGAACGCGCUGAGCGGCGCCGUGUCGCUGCGCACGCCGGCCGCCGCCGCCGCCUCCGAGCCGGCCAAGACAUUCACCUUCGACGUGGCGUUCGGGCCGGACUCCAAACAGUUCGACAUAUACAACCAGGUGGCGCGCCCUAUCGUGGAAAAUGUGCUGGAGGGAUACAACGGCACGAUAUUUGCGUACGGUCAGACCGGCACGGGCAAGACGUUCACCAUGGAGGGAGUCCGAUCAGUGGCAGAGAAGAAGGGAAUCAUUCCCAACUCGUUCGCGCACAUCUUUGGACACAUCUCCAAGGCAGCAGGCGACACCAAGUUUCUGGUGCGUGUCUCCUACCUGGAGAUCUACAACGAGGAGGUGCGCGACCUGCUCGGCAAGGUGCAGAGCCAGCGACUCGAGGUCAAGGAACGGCCCGACGUCGGCGUCUACGUCAAGGACCUGUCGGCGUUCGUCGUCAACAACGCCGACGACAUGGACAAGAUCAUGACGCUGGGGAAUAAAAACAGAUCGGUGGGCGCGACCAACAUGAACGAGCACAGCUCGCGCUCGCACGCUAUCUUCACCACCACCGUGGAACGGAGCGAGCGGGGCCUGGACGGCCAGAACCACGUGCGCGUCGGUAAACUACAUCUGGUCGACCUGGCGGGCUCGGAGCGCCAGAGCAAGACGGGCGCCACCGGUCAGCGCCUGAAGGAGGCCACCAAGAUCAACCUGUCGCUCUCCACCCUCGGCAACGUCAUCUCGGCCCUGGUGGACGGCAAGAGCACCCACGUGCCCUACCGCAACUCCAAGCUGACGCGCCUGCUGCAGGACUCGCUCGGCGGCAACAGCAAGACGGUGAUGAUUGCCAACGCCGGCCCUGCCGACUACAACUACGACGAGACGUUGAGCACGCUGCGGUAUGCCAACCGCGCCAAGAGCAUCAAGAACAGCGCCAAGAUCAACGAGGACCCGAAGGACGCGCUGCUGCGCCAGUUCCAGAAGGAGAUCGAGGAGCUGCGCCGUCGCCUGGAGGAGGAGGAGGGCGGUGGCGACUCGGACAGCGGCUCGGCGGAGGAGUCCGGCGGCGAGGAGGCGGCCGCCGACGGCUCGCCGCGCCGCCGCCGGCCGCGCCGUCUCACCGAGGAGCAGGUGGCUGAGGUGCAGGCCCAGCUAGCGGAGGACCGGCGCCGCCUCCAGCAAGAGAAGGGCAUGGCCGAGGCUGAGCGGCGCCGGCUCAAGCAGCAGGUUGACCAGCACGAGAAGGAGCUGGCGCAGGCGCAGCGGGCGCAUGAUCAGUUGGCCGAGAAGCUGGCGCUGCUGGAGAAGAAGAUCAUCGUGGGCGGUGUGAACCUGCUGGAGCGGUCGGAGGAGCAGCAGCGCCUGCUGGAAGAGUCUGCCCGCGAGCUGGAACGGCGCCAGCAGAACGAGCGCCAGCUACAGCAGGCGCUGCAGAUGAAGGAGGCGGAACGUCUAGACAUCGAGGAGCGCUACAGCUCUCUUCAGGAAGAGGCGGUGGGCAAGACCAAGAAACUGCGCAAAGUGUGGCAGCUGCUGCUGGAGGCCAAAUGUGAGCUGGAGGACCUGCGCGCCGAACAGCAGCGCGAGAAGGAGGGGUUGCUCGAGAACGUGCGACAACUGACCAGCGACCUACGCCUCCAGCAGCUGCUCAUCGACCAGGCGAUCCCGGCCGAGUACCAGAGCAUGGUGGAGCAGUACGCCAGCUGGAACGACGAGAUCGGGGAGUGGCAACUGCGCUGCGUCGCCUACACGGGCAACAACAUGCGGCGCAACACGGACCCGGCCGAUGCCGACCGUCAGCCGGAGCCGCCGCUGGUGGACCUGUCGCACGUGUACCUGUCGUACUCCGCCGACGGACCGGGCGUGGCCAUCCGGCCCAAGUCGGCCAAGCACCGACAGGCGCGGCCUCGCGGCUCUGCAGUCCCUCCCGGCACCGCUGCCAGACAGCGGAUGUGAGACCGACGGGGCGCGAUCCUGCCACGCCAGCCGCCCCAGCUUCGGGGCGCUGGUGGAGGAGACGGCGGCCUGCUGUGAUAACCCUU